AUGUCCGACCGGCAGGCAGGGGCACUGACUCGCAAGGCCGUCGUGCUCCAUCGACAUACAACGCUGGAUAUUCCUCAAAAUGUGAAAUCUCAAAAUGUUUCUCCUAUAAAGGGGAGGUUAAAGAUCCCAGCAGCCCCAUACAAUACUGGUAUGAAUUACCAUUUUGGAGAUCCAAGUUGUUCCUCAUAUACAUCAAGGGGGCUUGAGGUCUUUGCUCUGCUAGCGGAAAAUACAAUCAAUAUGUUGAUUUUGGCCUAA